UUCCAAAAGAUCCAGCUUUUAUAAUGUAAACAUCCGGUCCAACUUAACAGCACAUGUUACCUGUGAAAUCGUCUGCAACUUUGACAGUUCUGCAUAAAUUAGGUGUUACGUUUGUUAGAAACAUACAAACAGAUGUAAUGCCUCUUAAACUAGCAGCUAAUUUAACUACGCUCUUUCCUGAAGCCAAAUCCAUAUCAGAGCGCUACGAAAAAGCGAAGAAAGCGGGUUUCCAUUAUGUUGAAUGCGCUUUUCCAUUUGCAGAACCAAAGGAACAGCUACAAAAUGUCAAUAAGAAAUUAGGACUAGAGCAUGUUUUAUUUAAUGGCUAUCCAGGUGACGUUAGAAAUGGUGAUAGAGGCAUUGCAGCAUUACCUGACAGAAAAAAAGAAUUCCAAGAUAAUGUUGACAUUAAUAUACAGUAUGCCAAAGCUUUGGAUUGCAAAAGAAUCCAUGUAAUGGCAGGUGUGACAAAAGGUUUGGACCAGAAGCUAUGUGAUGAGACUUAUUUAGAGAAUAUUGCCUUGAUUGCUGAUAAAUUUGCAAAAGAAGGACUGACAUGUAUGCUUGAGCCAAUUAAUGACAGUGUGACUAUUCCAGGAUAUUAUUUAACCGAUGUUCAUAAAGCUGUAGAAAUAAUAAAGAAACUUAACAGACCAAAUGUGAAGUUACAGUUUGAUUUCUUUCAUAUGCAGUUGUUACAUGGAAAUUUUACAGAGAAUUUUAAGAAAUAUUAUCCAUAUAUAGGUCAUAUACAAGUAGCACAAGCACCAGAUCGAACUGAACCAGGAUUUCAAGGAGAAGUGGAUUAUUCCUAUGUAUUCAAACUGUUAGAAGACCAUGGAUAUGAUGGUUAUGUUGGUUUGGAAUACAUGCCAAAAGGGGACACUGUUGAAGGACUUAGAUGGUUAAAGGAGAUGAACAUGACCUUGUAAAUAAGAUAUGGAGAAAAUUAGAAAUAGAAGUUUAAUAUACAAGAGUUAAUUGUUAUAUUUGAUACAUGUUUUCCAUUUUUUGAUGUGUGUAGAAGUGGAGAAUAGAUGUUUUUUUUCUGCAAUAGUUUUUUUUUGGAAUAGCAUAGACAUACCAAAGGCCAAUAAUUUUUGUACUAUUCAUUAAUUAAUUUUCUAUCUUAUUUUUUCUAUAAUUAGAAUAUUCCAACUUAUUUGGUGUUUUAUUUUACAUUUUGAUUGAAGGAAUAAAUAAAAUUAAAUAUUAUUUUUUUAUGUUUGACAAAGAUUUAUAUUAGAUGACGAGUUUUCAGGUAUAUUCAGGAUUUAUUUGUGUUAGUAUUAAGAGAAAAAGAAAUAAUCUGUCAUAAAUUCAGAAAUGUUUUGGGAAAAUGUGCAAGCUGUGAUAGUGAUUUAUUCUACAUUUGAUAUUGGAUUGUACUAGAUUUUGUAAGCAAGUGAACAAUCUUUGCCUUUUUAUUAUAUCUUAUAUUUUUAAUCAGAAAUUAGUUUACUACAGUUGAAAUAAAAGCAACUUUUUUUGUUUUAA